AGGGCAUGUUGGAGGAGGCCUUCAGGACGGCGGGCGGGAUGUACAAGUCCAUGACGGAAACGUUCGGUCUGGCCUUCACCACCCCCGAGGCCCUGUACGCCCGUAAAUACUACCGGUCCAUCGGGUACAUGAGGCCUUUAAGUAUAUGGUCGAUGCAGAUCGCCCUCGAGCAGAGGAACAGGGCGAAACAAUAAGCGGUGUGUCGUUUUUCCCGUUUUCUUAUCGGAACUAGUUUGAUGAUGAUUUUGAAUUAAUUGGUGUUGUCGGAUAUAUUUUCCGUUGUGAUUUUAGUGGCAUUUAGUAUUAUUAUGAUGGUUUAUUAUGGGUGAUCGAUUGAUAAAAAAAAAUAUGAUGUGAUACGUUCAUUUGUAGCGAGGAUAACGAGAAAUCGUAAUAUCGCAAUUAAAAAAUUUAUAUUAAUCGAUCGUCACUGUAUUCUUGCUUUUUUCUAGGCUAAUUUGCACAAUUCCAAAAAUUAGUCGCUAAGGUUCUGUUUUUUCAUUUUGUAUUUUAUUUGUUAAUCUGGCGUUGAAUUUUAAAAUAAAAUCGAUCGGCACAUGUCGAGGAAUUCCAUUGUAAAA